GUUCCGGGCGGCUCUGCCGCGCGGUGGUCGCUGGGAAAGGCCGGCCGACUUCCGGCCAGCCCGAGAGGCAACGAGCUCUCGUCUGCGCAAGCGCGGCCAGGAUGGCGGCUGGGGCUGCGCGGGCCUCGGCCGGGCCCUGAAGGGAGGACGGAGCGGCGCAGCCAUGGAGGCCGCCCCGACCCCCGACGCCGCCGGCGCCGCCGCCGCGCCGCCCCCGCCGGGCGCCGACCGCCUCUUCGACGCGCACCGGCUGCCGAGCGACGGGCUGCUGCUGGUGUCGCUGCUGCUGUACGCGCCGGUGGGGCUGUGCCUGCUGCUGCUGCGCCUCUUCGUCGGCCUCCACGUCUUCCUGGUCAGCUGCGCCCUCCCGGACAGCGCCCUCCGCAGGUUCGUGGUGCGGGUGAUGUGCUCGGUGCUGGGCCUCCUGGUGCGGCAGAGCCAGCCACGGCAGCGGGGCCUCCGGGCCCGCGUCUACAUAGCCAACCACGUCACGCACUUCGACCACAACGUCAUUAACUUGCUGACCUCUUGCAACGCACCCAUGCUGAACGGGGCCUCCGGCUUCCUCUGCUGGUCCCGGGGCUUCCUGGAGGUGGGGAGCACAGGGGGCCGAGCGGAGCUGCUGGAAUUCUUGAAGGCUUACUCUUCCCAGGGCAGCAACCCGCCUCUGCUCCUCUUCCCCGAAGAAGCCACCACCAACGGGAGAGCCGGCCUUCUGCGCUUCAGCACGUGGCCGUUCUCAAUCUUGGACGUGGUCCAGCCAGUGGCCCUGCAAGUUCAGAGGCCCUUUGUUGCCGUGAGCACUGCCGAUGCCUCCUGGGUGACGGAGCUGCUCUGGACUCUCUUUGUCCCCUUCACCAUUUAUCAAGUAAGGUGGCUCCCUUCGGUCUGCAGACAAGCUGAGGAGACGCGGGAGGAGAUGGCUCGGCGAGUCCAAGAGCUCCUGGCCUUAGAGCUGGGCGUGGCGUCGACACGAGUCACUGCUGCUGACAAAGCAGAGCACUUGAAGCGCCUGCACCACAGCCCUCCGCAGACUCCCUACGCCCCAGUCCCGAGUCAGCCCUUGGCAGCCCGGCCUCAAAUUCACCCCAGCCUGCCCUCUGCAGAGGAGACGCGCUUGACAAGCAUGACUCAGCGUGUCAAGGAAGUCCUGCCCCACGUGCCCCUGGCAGUCAUUCGCAAGGACUUGGCUCAGACUAACUGCGUGGAUGCCACCAUCGCCAAUCUGCUGGAGGGACAAGUUCCCUUCACUCCCUGCGAGACAGAAGAGGAGGCUUCCUUGCUUGGCCCGUCUGUCUCCAGCGCCCAGCCCCCUGCAUCUCCCCCUCCGGCAGUGCUGCCCCUCAGGGUCUUUGCCAGAUCCCCAGAGGCCAGGCACCUCUCCCUCCAGGACCGGAAGCGCACGCUCUUUGACUAUGCCAGAAGGAGAUACUCAGAGAAAUACGGGAUGCCCCAGAGCCAGGGGAUCCCCUGAGCAGAUCAUGUUCUUCUCCUGGAUUUGGUAGUGGACUGUGGCGGUUCCUGGUGUGGACACCUGCAGUGUGCGAUUGGCGACAACAACUCUGUGUGUCCCAAGCUGGGCGAGAAGGCUGGUGUCCAGCCCACCUGUGCUUUCGCUCCGGGCCCUGGGCCCACCGCAGCGCUGGAGGGGCCGGCAGCCUGCGACUGAGGGGGUGGGUCGGAGGAGGCUUUCGCUAUCAAAAUAAACAUGACUCAAAUUCUC